UUAGCCACCUGGAAUGUCAUUUGCCAUACAACUUGUCCUGUCAUACUUCAAUACAAAGAAAAACCGAAAUCUGUUUCACCAAAAAAGAUGGAUUCCCAAGCAAAACCCUCCCAAGAGGAGAAACUUCCCAAAAUACCGGAGCGCCGUCACUCGAGCAUUUUAAAUAACACGGAUAUAGCGGCGGAAGUGUGUCAUUUAGCUGGAAACCCCACGUACUGUAAGAUAAUAAAAGCGGCCUUAAAAAUGGAAAAUCAAGAAACGAUUACAAGCAAAAGCAAAGAAGAUUUGAGCUGUUUGCCGACGAGGCAGUACCUGGAUCAAACGGUGGUGCCCAUUUUGAUGAGCGCGUUAUCUUAUUUGGCCAAAGAGAGACCGCCGGAGCCCAUUAUUGCGUUAUCAGAGUUUUUGAUCAAGAACAAGGAUGCCUAUGAGGGUGUGGGAGACGGAAAACUGUGAAAUAGUUUAUUAUAAAUAUUCUCUCCUUAUUGAAAAAUGUGAAUUAUUAUGGAAACUUUUUAUACAAUAUAAUGUAUACAGUAUAAUUUUAAUACAAUUUGACUCAAUAAUUGCAAAAGAUGCACUUCUGGCAAUAAAAAAAUUUAGAUUAA